AUGGGCCGCGCGGAAGCUGGCACGGCGAAAGCCAUCGGUAAUAAAAUCAAAGCCAAGGGAUUAGGCCGUUUGAGAUGGUACUGUCAAGCCUGCGAGCGCCAGAUGCGAGACGCCAACGGGUUCAAGUGCCAUAUUACUAGCGAAAGCCAUGUCCGCCAAAUGCUGAUCCUCGGAGAGAAUGCGCCAAAGGCCAUCAGCGACUUCAGCCAGCAAUUUAUCGAUAACUUUGUGAACAGCUUGAGAACCCAGCACGGAGAAAAAAGGUUCCAAUCCCUUACACAGUUCGCCCAAUAUUUAGGCAAGAACGGAAUUUGUCGAGUAGAGGAGACUGAGAAGGGAAUUUUCGUAUCAUGGAUCGACAACUCGCCCGAGACAAUGCGGAAGAGAGAGGCCAUUCAAAAGAAAGAGCGGGAAGAGAAGAAUGAUGAACAGCGCGAACAAAAAAUGAUCAUGGAGCAGGUGGAACGCGCCCGCAACGCCGCCAAGGAUAUCAAGCCUGCCGAGGAAGAAGAUAUCGACGCAAAGCUACUUCACCGAGAGGACGGCGAGAAAAUGACCCUAAAUCUUGGCCUUGGUCCCAAAAAAACCGAUCCAAAGUCCGAUUUGCCGAAGUCAGAAUCUCCAGAUGCAAAGGAUGCAUCCGGUUCUGAUUCCCCAGCUGAAAAGGCCGCGCCCGCGCCUACCAAGAUCUCUAUGUCAUUCGGUGCCCAGAAACCGAAGAAUGUGUUUGCUUCAGCUGGCAAGAAGAACCCUUUGGCUGGGAAGAAGGGUCCUAUGCUUGUGCAGCCUAAGAAAAUGACUGAGCAGGAAAGGAUUAUGAAGGCGGAGAUGGAGGCUAUGGAGCGUAAGCGGUCUCGUCCGGACACCGGAUUUGCGAAUCAGAAACGGCCUAAGUUGGCGUGA